CAGUUCCCAAGAUACCUACAUCGUCUUCCGCCGGCUGAGUGACCCCUCAAUAGCUCAGUCUACCUGGAUUCCUUAGGUCGAAUUCAUCAUGUGACGUGGAUUUGGUGUGCGUCUCGGUUGUGUCAUGUUAUUGUGUAGUGUUUCAAAUACCGGUUAAGAGCCAAAUCCUUUGUGAAUGAUUUUUUUAAGCUGUGCUGUGAUUUCACCAAAUGGCGAACAAAUUGGUUUUUUUAUUACUAUUAAUUUAUUUUGGAUUAUCAAAAUGUGCGCUAACAAAUCAACUACCUCAAUUUCUUCCGGGUGGAGAUAUGGCUCGAUUUACAAUAACAGAAGAUACUCCAGUUGGUAAAUCAGUUUACAAACUUUUGGCAGCUGAUCCUGAUGGUUCUAAAGUCACGUACACAAUUAGUGGGCAAUAUUUUAGCGUAGAUAGAGAAACAGGCGUUGUAACAUUAAUUAAAGCUUUGGACCGAGAAAAAUCUAACUCCAUUGAGGUUGUCAUUAGCGUAACAGAUGAACCAUUACAAAAUUCUGAUAUAAGUACGGUAUCUCUGAGAAGAGAAAUAACUGUGAUUGAUGUAAAUGAUAAUCCUCCCGAGUUCUUAGGAAGACCAUAUUCGUUUAGUAUACCUGAAAAUACACCAAUUGGAAGCAUAAUUUAUAGAAAUAUAACUGUUAUUGAUAAAGACAUUGGACUCAAUGGUGAAUUGUCUUUGGAAUGUUUACAAAAUAAUCUACCUUGUACUACGUUUAAUCUCCUUACUGAAAAAAUUUCAGCUGGUACUUAUAACGGUUUAAUACGGCUAGCUCGUCCGUUAGAUUUUGACAGUGUAUCUUCUUAUAAAUUGAGUGUUAAAGCUUCAGAUGGCAACAAAAAAAAUUCGUUGGUGUCUGUGGCAAAUAUUUCUAUAGUUAUCAAAGACAUCCAAGAUGAAUCACCUGUGUUUAUUAAUUCACCAUAUUCUAUCAUCAUAAAUGAAAAUACUCCUCCUGGUGUACAAGUACUAACUGUAAACGCUGAAGAUGGCGAUGCAGGUAUCAAAAGAUCAGUUGUAAUAAGUAUAGAAGAUGAUUCGCUUGGAUAUUUCAAAAUCCAAAAUAGAGCUAACGGAUCAGCAAAUAUAUACACAACUAAUAAUCCAAUUGAUAGAGAAAAUAAAAUGGUAUCUGAUACUGGAGGCAUUUAUACAUUUAGAUUAAAAGCUUCAGAACUCAUAGAUAAUAAUACAUCGGGUGAUGUGAGUUACGAAAUUGUAACUGUUAUUAUCCAAGAUGUUGACGAUGAAUUACCUGAAUUUAAUGAUCACACUUUUAGUACAUCAGUAUCAGAGGAUAUAAAUAUCGGUACACCUUUACCAGGCUUAAACAUUGUAGUUAACGAUCCAGAUUUAGGAGACAAUGGAAGAUACGUUUUAGUUAUGAAGUCAAAUGACCCAAGAGUAUCCAAUUGGUUUAAAAUUGUUCCAGAAGCAGCUAUUGGUAGAACCACAGCUAUGAUACGUUUAGUUGAUAACGAAGGUUUUGAUUAUGAUUCUGGAGUAACUAAUGUUGAAUUUGAAAUAGUUGCAAUGUAUCAAGAUAAUACAAGUGGAGGAUUCAAAGAAGCUUCUUCGGCGUAUAUAAUGAUUGAAGUUUUAGACGCUAAUGACAAUUUACCUAAAUUUGAUAAUCUGACUUAUUCAUUUUCGGUAAAUGAAAAUCUUCAACCCGGAACUAAAAUAUCUAAUCUUACUGCUACUGACUUAGAUAGUGGUGUUAACGGUGAUUUAACUUAUAGUUUACAAGGAUUUGGAAUGGAUAAGUUUAGCAGUGAUUCAGAAUUUGGAGGCAUAUAUCUGAUAAAUAAAAUUGAUUACGAACAACAGAGUUCAUAUUCGCUUACUCUAGAGGCUAAAGAUGGAGGAAAUCGAACAUCUCACGUAGUAAUUUUAAUUGAAGUAGUCGAUGUGAAUGAUAAUGCACCAAUUUUUAACUCUUUAGAAUAUAGAAGAACUAUUAGAGAGGGAGCUACAGAAUUUCAACCAAAGUUUUUUGUUCAGGCAUCAGAUUCUGACAGUGGAAUAAACUCAAUGAUUCGAUAUUCGAUUGUUGGUUCAAACUAUGAUAACGUUCUAAUAAUUAAUUCAAUUACUGGAGAGCUAACGUUAAAUUCAUCAGUAAGUUCAAGCCAUACACCCAGAGGUCAAUAUGAAAUAACUGUAAGAGCUACCGAUUUGGGCGAUUCACAUCUUCACACGGAUGUUAAUAUUUAUAUUAAAGUGGGCGUUCCGGGAAAUCAAAGACCAGUUUUCAAGAGUACGAAAUAUUCUGCUAAAGUGCCGGAAAAUACACCUAGAAACUCUGAAGUUAUCAAAAUUGAAGCUACUGAUCCAGACGGAUCAGAUAAUAAGAUCGAGUAUACUUUAGUCAACAGUAAUGACAAUUUCCACAUUGACUCAAAAAGUGGAAUUAUUUCUGUUUCGGAAAAUGCUAUUCUCGAUUUGGAUAUUACAAAUGUAACUACCUAUAAUUUAGUGGUUAUUGCAAAGGACAGCGGACAACCGAUCAGAGAGAUAGCCAAUGCUAAUGUGUUAAUUAACGUGACAGAUGUGAAUGAUAAGCCGCCUAAAUUCAGUAAUGCACAGAACAAUAUAGUGUACAUUGAUGAAACGACGAAAAUAAAUCAAGUAGUAUUGAAAGUCAAUGCGAUCGACCCUGAUAAAGACGCUGAUGUAGAAUAUUCAAUUGUCCAACCAAUUAGGGCAAAUGAUAAAACUGGAUUGCCUUUAAAAAAUGCAAGCUUAAAUGAAAUUAAAAAUGUAUUCAACAUAAAUAAACACACUGGUGAAAUAAAGGUAAAUUCUAUGUUAAACUAUGAAUUAGCGUCUGUGAUAACUUUAAAAAUAAGAGCUGUAGAUAAAAACGCAGUGGAAAAUAUUAAAAAACAAUUUUCUGAAACAGAAGUUACUCUUUUCAUUAAACCGUAUAGCAGCAAAAAUCCAAUAUUUACUAACUCUGGGUGGUUAAAAGAAAAUACAUCUAUGUUGAUUAUUAAAAUAAACGAAGAAACUCCGAUCGGUACCGAGCUUUCGCAGCUUAAAGCAGUUGAUGUUUUGACUAAUUCAUCUCUAAAUGAUUUCAAAUCUAUUACACCUAUACCAAAACAAAUCGCUAUUGAUUAUACAGGAAAAAUUAUUUUAAUAGAACGAUUAGACUAUGAAACACUUCAAGAAACAAUCUUAACAUUUCAAGUAAUGGUAACAACAGAAGAUGGAAAACGAUCGACAACUAAAACAAUAGUAAUAGAUAUUCAAGAUAUCAAUGACCACGCGCCAGAGUUUGAAUAUCCCAUUUAUAAAGCAACGAUAAUGGAAUCCAGUCCAACUGGUACAGUUUUAAUAACUGUCAAAGCAAAUGAUAAAGAUUUACCAAUAUCAGAGUUUGGAAAAAUCACAUACCAAUUAGGUGGAGUUAAUUCGAAUUUGUUUACUAUUGAUGCAUUGAGUGGCCAAAUAAAAACAUCUGGAAAUAGAAUUAUUGAUAGAGAAAAAACAUCAACUUUAAAUUUAACUGUUUUUGCUUUAGACACCCCUCAAGGAGGAAAUGAUCAAAAAAGAUCUUCAGCUUUAAUACUUAUUGACGUUAAAGAUUUAAACGAUAAUGCUCCUAAAUUUGAUUCAUCAUCUUAUAUCGCCGUAGUGUUAGAAAAUGUAAUCCCUAAUACUAGUGUUUUAAAUAUAUCUGCACAAGAUCCUGAUGAAGGUUCAUCGGGUACAGUUAAUUAUAAACUUAUUAAUGAACAACAACUUACUGGAUUUCUGUAUGUGAAUUCAACUAACGGGGAAAUAAAAACUACAAAAAGAUUAACAGGAAAAGGUCGUUCUGAACCGUAUGAUUUAAAAAUCAGAGCUGAAGAUAAUGGGGAGCCAAGACUAUCGUCUGAAGUGAAACUUAGUUUGUACAUAAGUGAUAUAAUAGAAAAUGACGGAGUUCCCUCAUUUAUACAUCCGAAUUCAGAAGAAAUUGCAUAUAUAUCUGAGAAUUCAACAGUCGGUUCAAUAGUUUUUAAGGCAUUAGCCACAGACCCUGAUGAUCCAGCUACCUUAGAAGGUACUAUCUUAUAUAGCUUAUUGGAAGAGUCUAAAGAUUCUUCGGCUUUUUCAAUUGAUUCGCAGACUGGCAUAAUAACAAACAAAAUAAUACUAGACCGAGAAACUCAAGAUAAAUAUAUUCUUGUAUUAGUGGCAAAAGAUAUGGGUGAUAUACCACAACAUUCAAUAAAAACAUUUAACGUUAUUGUUACUGACGUUGACGAUAAUAAACCUGUUUUUAAUAGAUCUGUGGAGGAAAAACCCUUCAUGAUGGAAAUUGAUGAAGAAUCCUUACCCGGUACCAUUGUAGGAUUUUUAGAAGCUUUUGAUCCAGAUGUCGGAGAAAAUGCUCUGAUUGAUUAUACCAUUAUUGAUGGAAAUGAGGGAAAUAUGUUUUACUUAAACACUUCAAAUAAUGUUGCUGAGAUAAGAAUUAAUCAAAGCGUAGAUAGAGAAAUUGUUUCAGAAUAUUUAUUAACAAUUAAAUGUUUUAAACGGAAAAAUAAGGCUUAUAGUUUAGAAAAAUCGUAUAAUAAGCAUGAUGCAACUGAAAGACAAGUAUUUAUAAAAAUUAAUGAUAUUGAUGACAAUUUGCCUCAAUUUGUCCGAUCUAAUAUAACGCUAGGUGUUCGAAUGAGUAUUCCUCUUGAUACAGUAAUAGCAACGAUUCGAGCUACAGAUAUUGAUAGUUCAGCUGAAUUAAUUACGUACCACAUAACAAAUCUGACGUUUACUUAUCGUAUGGAUAAUGCACAAAAUAUAAAAACAUGGCCAUUCUUUUUAGAUCAAUUGUCUGGUCAAAUAAGAACUACAACAUCAAUGAUUCCAUUCGUAGAUGGUCAUUUCAGUAUCGUAGUUGCAGCUGUAAAUAGUGAUGUGCCUGGGAGACAUUCUAAUUUAACCGUCAAGGUAUAUAUUGUUAGAGAUAACGGUCUAUUGAAAUUUGUCUUCACAAGACCCCCUAAUGUGGUGGGCCAAAACUUACAAAGUUUUAAAGAAGACGUCGAAAAAGCCUUGAGUUUAUCCCAAGCUACGUUAAACUUGUAUGACACGCAAUUUUACUCAAAAGUUGAUGGUAGCUUAGAUUUUAGUAGUACAGGUUCAUGCUUUCAACUGGUUGGUCCUAAUAACUAUGAUACAAAAAAUACCAUAACAUUACUAGAAGAUCCUUCUAACUAUGAAUUAAAAAAUGUUUACAAACAUUAUGAUGUAAAGACAAUUGAGCGAUGUUCUCCUAAACACAUUAAACCCACUGUUACGUGGAUCCAAUUAUCUGUACUGGGUAUUGCUAGUUUCAUUGGAAUAGCAUCAUUUAUAGCUGGUUGCAUAUUAUGCUGUUCUUAUAAAAGGUGGAAACGACUACGAUAAUUCGACCAAGUUAUACACAAAAGCUCGCAAAAAAUGAGUGCGCCAUUAAUUUAUGUGCUGUGAUCCUAAUACAUAAAAUCAAAAUUAUGUACCUAUAUUAUGAAUAAAUAGUUUAAAAAUUAAUGUAAAUAAAAAUUAAUUGUGCAAUUAAUUUAUUUGUAAUAUAUAAAAAUAUAAUGGAAAUAA